CUAACUGUGUCCUUGAACCCUCUCUGUGACGACUCACGGGACACGGCAACAACAAGUAGAGUAUCUAUUGCUAAUUAGCUGGAGCUAGCUAGCCUCUAUACCAAUUAACUAGCCAUACUACUCAACAAUAAGCGAUCUCCAUUGAAGUCUUAGUUGCUACUUUCUUAACUUACAUUCAUUCGUCUUUCUUCUAAUCAAUUUCAUCAAUUCAACUCUACCAUUAUUGUUAUGUCCAGUUUAAUGAGCUCACAGGGUAUUGUCUUAGCAACAGCCAUGGCCGUUUCUGCCGGCACCGUCAUUCUUUUUGAUCUUCUUGGGGAAAAGUAUAUUGAAACUGCCAAGCUUGAACUUGCCAAGAAUGUUCAAAAUUCUCCACAUAAAAAGCAUAGUCUGAAGUCUUGUUUAUCUUCAGGCGAGAAGAAAAAGGAUUCGAGAAAGAAGAAGAGUAAGAAGAGAAGAGUUCAUUUUGCAGCUGAUGUGAAAGAUUCAAAUGGCAAUAGCGAGGAGUACAGAAGAGAACAUUAUAGAAGUUCUAGUAAUUGUUAUGGGAACAAGAUUUUGGGUAUGCCAUCGAAUCGUUGAGCUUUGUACACUGGAAUUCUCAAAAGAUCGGGUACAUCGCAUUGAAUUUUCUUAUUGAUCUGUAGAAAAGAAUAUUAGAAAUUUUAGGCUCCCGAUUUGGUUGUAAAUCAUAAUGUAUGAACAUUGUUCGCAACAAAUUUUCAAGUGCCGAAAAUUAACUGCAAUAAAAAAUAAAAGAAAAAUGUAAUUUUAUAUAUGAA